AUGACCUACGAUGAUCCCUUGCUGUAUUGGUUUGAUAAGAAAUCCGAUAGAUCACUUCAUCAAGCUAUAAAGGGUCUACGUAGACUUGGAUAUGGGUUUGAUGAGAUUUUGGAGGAUUGCGGAUGCGAGGAGACUUUUCUCAGGGAAUUAUAUGACUAUCUACGGAUACGAGUGAGGCCUAAAGAUAGGGUAGGAUUAACUAAGGGGUUUGUGUACCGGGAGAAGGGUGUGAAGGGUGUGGAGACCGUGGAGACCGUGGAGACCGUGGAGACCGUGGAGAGCGAGAAGACUGCGAAGAGUACGCAGAGUAAUAGAGUACAGAGUACAGAUAGUGGUACGUCUGCGGCGUAUAGACCAUUCAACUCAAUGGACUGGAAAAAGCAUCUAGUAUUCAGUAUGAAUGAAGAUGACGACAUGCAAGAGGUCGAUAGCACACAAGAACAACUCGCUCGAACUGAACAAAGCAUUGAAAAAAUCAGUCAAUACAUUGCAAAACUAGAGCAGGAGAAAUUACAGCGUGAAGAGCGUGAGAAAGCCGCGAAGCGAGCCACGGGGCGGACGGUCACCCCUAAAGUGAGUCGACUGGAGAUGUUGAAGCAAGAAAUAUCGGCUACGAAGCAAGAAAUAGAAGAGGCUAAGGAGGUCUCGAUGAGUCUAUACAAUUCCAUCAAUGCACAGAUGGAAAGGAUUAACUAUCAGCAGAAGCAGUUGGACGAGAUGUUGAACAAGUUAAACGAGAAAAAGAAUUUGCUUAGUGGGAAAGAGACGGAAAUGGCCGGAUUGAAAAAGGCUGAAGCCGAAGUUGAAGGUGAAGGUGAAGCCAACGCCGGAGCCAAAGGCAACGCUAAGGCUCGGAUCCAGGCCAAAAUUACAACUACAACUACAACUGGCGUCGAGAAAGAGCACCAAUCAAAGCCUGUACAACCCAGGGAAGUGGUUAGCAUAGUAUCUAUAACAUAA